AUGGACGGACGUCAGUACUUCGAGGCAUUGCCCAACGCACAAGAGGAAGAGUUUAAAUCCUGGCACAUCGUGCACAAUGACCUGCCAGAAACGGUUGAUUUAGUUGGAUUCAACAAGGAUGGCUGGAGCGCUGUUGGUCCACACCUCCCCAUGCAGAGCACCAAGGGGGUAAAAAGAAACUUCGAUCUGUUCAGGAAUGUAACAGAGGAGCACAACAUGGUCAAGAGCGCCAAGGCAAGUGGAAAACUAGAGCACACGAGGCAGCUUCUGCACGGAAGCCGAAGUCGCGGCAAGAGCGGCGGACGAGAGGGCCAGAGCGGCUGA